CUUGCCAAAUAUGGUAAAAAUUUAUCACAAGUGUUAGAAAGUAAAACUCAUUCUACCCUAGAUUACAAAAUUAUUUUGAAGAGCCUAUGAAAACAAUCCGCCAAACCAUGUAUAAUUCGUUUGGCUUCAACCAGUUGCACCAUAAAUUUCCAAUGGAUGUCAUGAUGACUUUAAUUACUAUUACCAAUGACAUUAACUGUGGCUCAGUAUCUAGAAUUCAAGCAGAAGGCAAAAUAUUAUCACUUAUCAACGACAGCACAGAUAAAAUUAUGAUAAGAUUAUUGCAACUCAUUAAAUCAAUGGUGGAGUCACUACCCCUCGUAAAUCAAAAAAAAAAAGCAAAGAGUUUGAACUUUGUACCAGAUACUUACAACCUUGCUUUCAAAAACUAUUUGACUGCGAUGAAGAUCAGUUUAUGUACAAGUGUCUAAAUACCAAAUGCUUUUCUGACACUGAUGUUGAUCCUAACCAAAAUCGUCCUGAUGGUUUAGUUGAAAAUGAUUAUAAAGCAAUUGGAUAUAUCGAAGUUAAAUCGAUCAAGUAUGUAGAGGAUCAUAAAAAAAUUAAUGUUGAUUUGCACCGAUUGUGUACAUUUUCUAAAGCUGGUGCAGUGAAAUAUAACUUAAAGCAUAUGUUUCAAAUUAUGGCUGUUGGAACCAAUUUACAAUUCAAUAUCAGUGAAGCGAUGGACGAUAUACUGAUGGUUCUUGAAUUAGAUUGUAUUCGCUUCCCAUUAUCACUUGAUGAACUUCCCCAACUUGUACCAUACCUCAAUCGACUCUAUAAUGUUGUAGAAGUGAUCCAUAACUUAUGUUAUACAAGCAAUACAUUCACUAUCUGUAAUAGCUUCAAACCUGCUUUAGAUGCAAAAGUAAUUAAAGCAAUAAUGGAAAAAUCCACCGACAGAACCCGUGAAAAUCCAUUUUAUCAUCCACACCAUUAAUGCAUACCUUCCUUCAUUACAUAUAUCCUAUGAAUUUCUUUAAAUCAUUCCAUUCCUUUAUUAUGUAGUAAUUUAUUCACUUGUAGUACACAAAUUAAAUAAAAAGUAUCAAUUUUCAUUUCAC